UUCCUGUCUUCAAUCUCAUCUCUUUGCUGUCCCAAAGUCCUUUCGGCCGGUUCUCUUCCCUCCAUCAUAUAUCCUCGUUGUUUGGGUUGGGACUCAUCGAACGACAUUGAGGUGCUCCAUGGCCUUUUCGGGAUGUGUUCCUUUCUUUCUUCUUUCUGCAUUUCUUGAGUUGUCUUUCCGAGUUUCAUAACCUCAAAAAUCUUACCCAGAGACAUUGCUAGAGAAUUUAUUAUUCAGUUACUCACCUUGCUUACACCUUCCUUUCUUAUAUUCAUUCUUCAUCCUGGCUCUUUAGUCUCUCUCUCUCUCUCGAUCUGUAAAUGGGGUGCAGUCAGAACUUCAUUUGCAGCUGUAGACUUUGCUAUUUUGCUAUUUCGAUUCUCUUUCUCAUUCUGAGCUCUACCCAGCUGAGAAGUACUAUGGCUGAAGGUAGAGCACUUUCCGAACCGUUUUCCCAGACAGAGAGAGAAGGUAAGGCAAUUUUGAGAGGCCGUAGGAUAGGAUCAAGGCCUCCAAGGUGCGAGAGGAGGUGCAACUCAUGUGGGCACUGUGAGGCAAUUCUGGUCCCUGCAAAUCCCCAACUUCAGAAUGGGAACAAAGACCACUUUUCAAGGGUCUCAAAUUUUGCAUAUUCAAGAGGAGAUGACACUUCCAACUACAAGCCCAUGAGUUGGAAGUGCAAAUGUGGGAAUUUGAUAUUCAACCCAUAAUUACUAAUUGCAUCAGAGUUUUUCAGGUGAUUAUCAAGUAUAAUAUCUAUUAUUUUUUAGCGCUGUAAAUGCAUUAUGUACACUAAUUAGAAUUUUAGCGUUUCUUUAAUUUCUUGUUUAGAUAUUUUCCCAUGCAAUUUUAGUUCGUUCUUUAGGGAAAGAUCUUGAGAUUCAUGAGUUGAUUAUGAUUGAUGUGGUAUUGUCUUUAUAACUAUCUUCAGGUUUAAGUUUGAAUUUAGAAUGCAACCUACGUACGUAAAUACUCCUCA